CACAGUACUAGAUUCAAGUAAGGCCAGGCUUAACCAGGAGAUGGAGAGAGUUCCAACCAAGCUAGCUGUCUUCCUAGCUCUUUUAAUGGCUGCAUCUUUGUUGCCGUCAAGUCUGACGGAACAAAUAUCUGUAGGACCAAACAAGAAGCAGAUGGUGAUGACUGGGCAGCUUUGCAAGUCUCACGAUGACUGCAAAGCCAACAGCGUUUACUCUACCAACUUCUGCGUCAACAAGAUCUCUGGAUCUGAAGUCGGUCAUUGUGCUGGAUUUGGUUCCAAUUUGGGUGGUGUGGCAUCGACAACAGAGGACAAGAAAGGAAAGUCGAAAGGCGGGUGUGGGAAAUGUAAAACCGACGCUGAUUGCAGAGGCUGUCCAGCAGCAGCCGCUUGCGAGAAAAUAAUUUUAAACGGCUACUGUGCGUGAUCUGCAAUGAUAUUUCAAUUCCCCAGUGAUGGUGUCUGCUUGAUAAAGACUAAUCAUAUGUACUAAGAGUUCUUAUGUAUGAUAUGAUUAUCUCCUAAUAAAUCAUUUGAUUUCUCCUAAAAAUAUAA